AUGGACAUGGAUCCUUGGGGAUCGGAGGAGCCGGAGCCGUGUGGGGCAGAUGGGGGGGACGACGCCCGCGAGCCCCCCGGGAUAAAGGACCCCACAGCAUCGUCUCCGCCGGGAAGCCUCCUCCAAGCCCCUCGAUGGCCCCCACGCUCUCACCCCAUGGCCUCUUCCCCCCCCAUGGCCGACCUCUUGCUCCUCCCCAAACCCUUGGCCUUCCAUUGCUCCCAAUGCGGCAAGAGCUUCCCUUGGAGCUCCCAUUGGCGCCGGCACCAACGCGUCCACACCGGCGAGCGACCUUACACGUGCCCGGAUUGCGGUAAACGUUUCGGACGCACCUCCCACCUCUACCGGCACCAACGCACCCACGCCGGCGGCCGUUCCUACAUCUGCACCUACUGCGGGCGAGCCUACGGCAGCAUCGUCCUCUUCCAACGCCAUCAGAGCACCCAUCGGGGACGGCGACCCUACAAAUGCACCGCGUGCCGCAAGAGCUUCGGCGACGCGCCGGCGUUGAUCCAACACCAACGCGGUCACCGCGAUGAUGAUGAUGAUGAUGAUGAUGAUGGAGGUAACGCCACCGGUACCACCGGUACCACCACCGGGAGAGCCGAAGGGGAGAAACCCUAUCGUUGCGGUGCCUGCGGCAAGAGUUUCGCUUGGAGCUCCCAUUGGCAACGGCAUCAACGCAUCCACACGGGCGAGCGGCCCUACGCCUGCCCGGAUUGCGGCAAACGCUUCGGACGCACCUCCCACCUCUACCGGCACCAACGCACCCACGCCGGAGGCCGGCCCCACAUCUGUGGGGAGUGCGGGAAGAGCUUCAAUAGCACCGUGCACUUCCACAAGCACCAACGGGCUCACGGCGGCGCCUGCGCCCAGUGCGGAAAGAGAUUCGGCGACGCGGCGGCCUUGGCCAAGCAUUGCCGGCGCCAUAGGGGGGACAAACCCCACCGCUGCGGCGACUGCGGCAAAGGCUUCAGCCGCGGCUCCAACCUGGCCCAGCACCGGCGCAUCCACACCGGCGAACGGCCCCACCGCUGCGGCGACUGCGGCAAAGGCUUCAUCCAACGCUCCGACCUGGAGCGGCACCGGCGCGUCCAUACCGGCGAGCGGCCCUACGCCUGCGCCGACUGCGGCAAGCGCUUCAGCGUCAGCUCCCAUUUGGAUCGCCAUCGCCAAACGCACGCCAACGGGGCCCCUCCGCCCCGGCUCUCGCCGGAGACGCCGCCGGCUCUCCCGCACCGUUGUCCCGAGUGCGGGAAGAGCUUUGCCCAACGCUCCGCCUUGGCCAAGCACCGCAAGACCCACAGCGGCGAGCGGCCGCACCGCUGCGGCGACUGCGGCAAGAGCUUCAGCCGCGGCUCCAACCUCACCCAACACCGGCGCAUCCACACGGGAGAGCGGCCCUUUGCCUGCGGCGACUGCGGCAAAGGCUUCAUCCAACGCUCCGACUUGGAACGGCACCAACGCGUCCAUACCGGCGAGCGGCCCUACGCCUGCCCGGAGUGCGGCAAGAGCUUCAGCGUCAGCUCCCACUUGGAUCGGCACCGCAAGAUCCACGCCGCCGAACGCGCUUGCUACCGUUGCCCCCAACACCUCGACACCUUCUUGGCCGCCCAUCGCCACGGCCGCCUCUUCCAGUGCUCCCAGUGCGGGCGUUGCUUCAGCCAAGGCGCUGCCUUGCUCAAGCACCAACGGUGCCACGGCGGAGGCGCGGCGCAAGCGUCCAAGUGUCCGGAUUGCGGCAAGAACCGCGCCGGCGGCGGUGCCGCCUUGAGGCCGCGCGCUCAACAGUGCUUGGAUUGCGGGUUGGAAGCGGGCGACGACGCGGCGGUGGCGGCGGUGACGACGACGCCGACGCCGCCGGAGAAGCCCUACAAGUGUGGGGAGUGCGGGAAGGGCUUCGGGCAACGCUCGGCGCUGGUCAAGCACCGCCGCAUCCAUACGGGCGAGAAGCCGUACGCCUGCGGCGACUGCGGCAAGGGCUUCAUCCAGAAGUCGGAUCUCACCAUCCACCGCCGGAUGCACACGGGGGAGAAGCCCUACAAGUGUGGGGAGUGCGGGAAGUGCUUCAGCGUCUCCUCCAACCUCCUCACCCAUCAACGGACCCACUUGGGCGAGAAGCCCUACCAGUGCUCCGAGUGCGGCAAGAGCUUCAUCCAACGCUCCGAGCUCACCAUCCACCAGCGCGUCCACACCGGCGAGAAGCCCUACAAGUGUGGGGCGUGCGGGAAGUGCUUCAGCCGCAGCUCCCACCUCAACCGCCACCAACGCACCCACAACGGGGACAAGGCCAAAGCCAACGCCGCCGACGCCGCCAACGCCGCCUUCUCCGGCCCCUUUGCGCCCGUCCCGGCGCUGCCGCCCUUCCCCGGCGCGGUGCCGGCCUUGGAGCUGCCCUGGGCCCUGCCCUUCCCUGCCCGCGCCUUCCCCCAGCCCUGCUUCCCCCCGCCUCCAGCCCCGGGGGCUCAGGCCUCGUCCCUCAGCAACUGAGCCCGGCCCCGGCGCCAGCCCCACGGCUCCGGGGGGGGGGGGGGGGGGGGAUGUGGGGCCAAGC